GUGCAGGCUGCUGUAUCUCAUUGUCUGGCUUUCAUCAUAGACUCACAUUUCCUACCUGUCACCACAAGGGGUGUCCAGGACACAUUAUGAACGUGAAGCUUCAGUAACCAAGCUGUACAGAGUAGUCUAGCAGUUUAGCCCUGAGUGAUUCUGAGAAAUUGGAAGAGAGAUUUUUUUGCUGCUGCUCUUCAGGGAUUGCUGCUGUCAGGGAGGGGUAGGGAAUGGGGAGCAGGUUUGGAGGUGUGUAUGCAUGUUUGAGAGGAUGCAGGGUGCAUUUGACUGAUCAGUCUGGGCUCUGAGAAGCCUUUAGUGAGAGAGAGAGAGAGAGAGGGAGAGAGAGAGGAAAAAAGGGAGAAGGAGAGAGACGAGGACGACGGAAGCAGAGAGAAGAGGAACAAAAAUAGGACUGAAGAGAGCAGCUGCUUCCUAAUACUCUGGUUCUUUGGGUGCCUCAAUGAAUAUGAACAUGGAUUCUGUCACUGAAGCCUUCCUCAAGCUCCUGUUUCUGUUAUCUAUUCAAAAUUGGAGCCCAGUAGUAGCAGGAAAUGCAUAUAAUUGUGAUGAUCAGCUGGUUUCAGCUUUGCCUCAGUCAUCCUUCAGUUGUUCCUCAGAGCUAUCUAGCAGUCAUAGUCCUGGGUUUGCAAGGCUUAACAGAAGAGAUGGAGCUGGUGGCUGGACUCCACUCAUGUCAAAUAAAUACCAGUGGCUACAGGUUGAUCUUAGUGAAAGAAUGGAAAUCACUGCUAUUGCUACCCAAGGUGGAUAUGGGAGUUCUGACUGGGUAACAAGCUACCUUCUGAUGUUUAGUGACAGUGGAAGGAAUUGGAAGCAAUAUCGUCAAGAAGAAAGCAUCUGGGGUUUUUCAGGAAACACAAAUGCAGACAGCGUUGUAUACUAUAAACUCCAACAUUCCAUCAAAGCUAGAUUUCUACGUUUCAUCCCUUUGGCCUGGAACCCUAAUGGCAGGAUUGGCAUGCGGAUUGAAGUAUAUGGUUGCUCGUACAGAUCUGAAGUGGUGGAUUUUGAUGGAAACAGUUUCCUGCUCUAUAGAUUUGAUGAAAAAUCCAUAAGCCCCUUAAAAGAUAUCAUUUCUUUUAAGUUUAAAACAAUGGAAAGUGAUGGGAUUCUGCUCCACAGAAAAGGACAAAAUGGAGAUUAUAUAACUCUGGAAUUAAUAAGAGGAAAACUCUUCUUAUUCAUUAAUUCAGGUGAUGUUAAACUGCAUUCUACUAACAGCCUCAUUAACAUCACAACGGGCAGCCUCUUGGAUGAUCAACACUGGCAUUCUGUCCUUAUUGAGCACUUUAAUAAACAAGUAAACUUUACUGUGGAUAAACAUACUCAACAUUUUCAUGCAAAGGGAGAAUUUAAUUACUUGGACCUAAAUUAUGAGCUCAGCUUUGGAGGGAUUCUAGCAGCUGGAAAAUCAGUAUCAUUUUCCCAUAAGAACUUCCAUGGGUGUUUUGAAAAUCUUUAUUGUAAUGGAGUUAACAUAAUUAAUUUGGCAAAGAGACAGAAACCUCAGAUCUACAUCAUGGGAAAUGUGUCAUUUUCUUGUUCACAACCACAAACAGUCCCAGUCACUUUUCUGGGCUCUGGUAGCUACCUAGCUCUACAUGGCUCCUCUGGGCAGGAUGAGAUAUCUGUGAGUUUUCAAUUUCGUACUUGGAACAAAAUGGGACUUUUGCUAUCCAGUAAUUUUCAUCAGCAUACAGGGAGCCUCCUCCUCUAUCUUCACAAUGGAAAAAUUAGACUCAAUAUCUUCAAACAAGGAAAACAACAGAGUGAUGUCACAACAGGAGUUGAAUUAAAUAAUGGACAAUGGCAUUCCAUUUUCUUAUCUGCUAAAAGAAAUCACCUGAGUAUAAUGAUAGAUAAUGAUGUGACUUCAGUUCCGCAUUUUGUGCUGCCAAUGCAGAUUUAUUCUGGAGACAUCUAUUAUUUUGGAGGUUGUCCUAAUACCAGCUCUGACUCUGAAUGCAAAAAUCCUUUUGGUGGUUUUCAGGGAUGUAUGAGACAUAUUUCCAUUAGCAACAAAGUUGUGGAUCUAAUUUUGGUGCAGCAGAGCAUCUUUGGAAAUUUCAGUGACCUUCAGAUUGACUUAUGUGGCCUUAUAGACAGGUGUUUACCUAACUAUUGUGAACAUGGUGGUGAAUGCUCACAAUCAUGGAACAGUUUCUAUUGCAACUGUACAAAUACUGGUUACAUGGGAGCUACUUGUCAUUCCUCCAUCUAUGAGCAAUCCUGUGAAGCCUAUAAACACAGAGGUAACACUUCUGGUUUUUACUAUAUCGAUUCAGAUGGAAGUGGGCCCCUGAGACCUUUUCUUGUGUACUGCAAUAUGACAGAUACUGCGUGGACCAUCGUACAGCACAAUAGUACAGACUUCACCAGAGUAAAAAGUUCCAAUCGAGAAAACCCUCAUACUGUGUUUUUCAAGUAUACUGCCAAUACCGAACAGCUCCAGGCUACAAUUAACCAUGCAGAACACUGUGAACAGGAGCUUGCUUACCAUUGCAAAAAGUCCAGGCUUUUAAAUAAGCGAGAUGGAAUACCAUUAAGCUGGUGGGUUGGAAGAACCAAUGAAACCCAGACUUAUUGGGGAGGUUCCUUACCUGAUGUUCAAAAAUGCACUUGUGGACUAGAGGGGAACUGCAUUGAUUCUCAAUAUUACUGCAACUGUGAUGCCGACCGAAAUGAAUGGGCUAAUGAUACUGGAUUUCUUUCCUAUAAAGAACAUCUGCCAGUAACUCAGAUAGUAAUUACAGAUACAGACCGACCAAACUCUGAAGCAGCUUAUAAAUUGGGGCCAUUACUUUGCCGAGGUGAUAGAUCAUUUUGGAAUUCAGCUUCCUUCAAUACUGAGACUUCAUACCUUCAUUUCCCUACCUUCCAUGGAGAACUUAGCGCAGAUGUGUCUUUUUUUUUUAAGACUACAGCUUCAUCAGGUGUAUUUUUAGAGAACCUGGGGAUUAAAGACUUUAUAAGGAUAGAGCUACAUUCUCCAGCUGAAGUGAUAUUUUCAUUUGAUGUGGGGAAUGGACCAUUCGAAGUUGUGGUGCAGUCACCCACUCACCUAAAUGACAAUCAAUGGCACUAUGUCAGAGCUGAAAGAAAUAUUAAAGAAGCAUCACUUCAAGUGGAUCAGUUCCCAACAAAAUCACAACCUGCUCCUGUUGAUGGACAUAUCCUUUUGCAGCUCAACAGCCAGCUUUUUGUUGGUGGGACAGCCUCCCGGCAGAAAGGAUUUCUGGGGUGCAUUCGAUCUUUACAGUUGAAUGGGAUAGCCCUGGAUUUGGAAGAGAGGGCCAAGAUCACCCCAGGAGUGGACCCAGGGUGUCCAGGUCAUUGUAGUAGUUAUGGGAACUUAUGCCACAAUGGAGGAAAAUGUAAAGAAAAGCACAGCGGAUUCUCUUGUGAUUGUAGUUUCUCUGCAUACAGUGGGCCAUUCUGUUUGAAUGAAAUUUCUGCAUAUUUUGGAUCUGGCUCCUCAGUGGCUUAUAAUUUUCAAGAAUAUUAUACCUUAAGUAAAAAUUCCAGCUCUCAUGCUGCUUCAUUUCAUGGUGAUAUGACACUAAUCAGAGAAAUGAUCACAUUUAGCUUUCGAACAACACGGACUCCAAGCUUGCUACUUUAUGUAGGCUCCUUCUAUAAAGAAUAUCUUUCAGUUAUUCUUGCCAAAAAUGGAAGUUUGCAGAUCAGGUACAAAUUAGAUAGCCAUCAAGAGGCAGAUGUUUUUAACAGCAAUUUCAAAAACAUGGCUGAUGGGCAGCUCCAUCAUGUGAAGAUUAACAGAGAAGAAGGUGUCCUCUUUGUAGAGGUUAACCAGAAUGCAAGAGAACAAGUCACCCUGUCGUCUGGUAUAGAAUUCAAUGCAAUCAAAUCCCUUGUUCUUGGCAAGAUUUUAGAAAAUAGUGAUGUGGACCAGGAGACAAUGAAAGCCAGCUCUCAGGGGUUCACUGGAUGUCUCUCUUCUGUGCAGUUUAACCACAUUGCUCCUUUGAAAGCUGCUUUGUACCAUGCCAGCUCAGCCCCAGUCACUGUCAAAGGACAUGUAGCCGAGUCCAACUGUGGAGCAUUAGCUGGAGCUGAAUCACCACUGAGUGAAACAACACAUUCAUUUGCAGAUCAUUCUGGACCAAUAGAUGAGGGAGAGCCCUUAGCUAAUGCAAUCAGAAGUGACUCUGCAAUAAUUGGAGGUGUGAUAGCAGUUGUCAUAUUUAUCUUGCUUUGCAUCACUGCCAUUGCAGUACGGAUUUAUCAACAGAAAAGCCUGUACAAAAAAAAUGAGGCAAAGAGGGCGGAAAAUGAAGACUGUGCUGAGACUGCCCUGAAAAGUGAGCUCACCGUGCAAAAUAGAGUUAAUGAAAAUCAGAAAGAAUAUUUCUUUUGAUUGGACUUAUGAUUGAAUUUGCUACUAUGAUAGUUUGACUUUCUUGCUAAGCCAGGGGCUCUCAAUGGACAAAAAAAGAAAAAAAAAAAGAAAAGAAAGUAAAAAGCUCUUGCACUCAAAAUAAAUGCAAUGGAUUUGCAGAACUCUUCUAAUGCAUAUGUUUCAGUCUCAGUGAUUGCUCUAGGAGGCCUCUUUCAAUGACAUAUAUUCCUUAGCUAUCAUAAAUGCAUUUUAUGUAACAGUGAAUUAGAUAUUGUAACCAAUUUCAUUGUUGGUAGUUUCCGACUGUUCCGAUGUGCUCCUCUACACCUGAAAUUUAAUGUGUAUAAUGCAUAUGGGUUUUAAAUGGGAGAAUUGUUAUGAACCUGUUGACCUACUUCUUUCUUUAAAAUGAAAUUCAAAAGUUUUGUUCAAGGAUAAAAUUCAAAGUUGAACUAUAAUGCUUUGCUUUAAUUAUAUUUUUUCUAUUCUCAUUUUAGUAGUCCCUUCUUCAUAAGAAUAGAAUGGGAAAAAGUGGUUUAGUGUGAACACCUACUUGUGAAUAAUAGCCAAGUAGACCCCCCAAAAAAUUGUCCUGUUGGUUUUUCUUGUAAAAUGGCCAAUAUGAUGCAGUAUUAGACUGAGAUGAGACUGUUUUAGAAUAAAAGUGUUUUUUUUAAUUCAGUUGGUGUAAAAAUAAUGUUGGAUAUAAAAUAAGAAGAGUCAAAAUGUGCAGAAAUGGAUUGUCAGUAUAUGGUGAUGAUUUUUUAAAUUAAAAUUCGUUAUCUCAUUUUAGAAAUGACAAACUGUGAUUUCUGCCUGAUACUAAAUACUUAGGGAAUAUAUGACUUUUAUUCUAUAUUUAUUGCCUGAUUCAUAAAUCUCCUAGUCCUCUGAAAAUUCAUGCUCUAUCUCUCUCUACCUGUACCUAAAGGAAAUAUAACAAGCAUUUGCCCUAGAUACACAAAAUGGCUCUUUGAUUGACUUUUGUUAAAAUAUCUUAGCCUGUACCUGAAAUCUACAAGUUUGCUUGUCAUAUAUAUAGAGAAAAAAAAUAUUCUCUCUUAAAAACGUAAAUCUCUACUUCCCUUUCUAAAUGUUGAUUUGUUUCUAGUCAUAUAUUUACUGUUGUAUUAGAUAUUCUCUUAUUCUCUUAUUCAAAGAGUUUCAUUCCUUUUGACAUUUCUUGGAAAAGAAGAUAUAAUGACACAAUAUUAUUUCUUGAAAAAUUGCAAGACAGGAUAUUAUAUGAUACUUCACUAAAUUUACUUUUCUAUACCAUCUCCAUGAUACUACUGCAAAGCUAACCAACUCUUCCUGAAAGACAACAAUUAUUACUGAAUAUAUUUUCAUUGUGAUGUGAAAAAUAUAUGAGAGAAAAACUUAAGUACACUGUUAAGGGGAUAGUUCCAUAGUAAUUAGACAAUACUGAUUAGAGAGUUGCAUGCUACUACCAUUUGGAUUUCAAAAGCCACUUAAAGAAGAGGUGCUAUACAAUCCUACUCUCUUACCUUGUGCCUGCCAAGUAGAAUCUUUGGUUUCUUCACACCAGGACAAGUUGGAAAUGUAUAUUUACAUCCCACUGAUGUCUUAACAAUUCUGUUCUUUUUUUCUGAUAGAAUAAAACCAAAAUCUUUUUUUUUAAUUGUUGUUCUUUCAGAAUUGAGCUGUUUUUCUCAUGGCAUUAUAUCUACAUUGAUGUUGCUCUGAAAGUAUAUACAAAAAUAUCAGGUUCCUAAUUAAUGCAUUAAUUUUAAAAGGGAAGGAAAAGAAAAUACCAAUGUGAAUGAUAGACAUAGCUAGUUUAUCCACAAAACUUGUGAUGGUUAAGAAAGGAUUUUGCAAAGUAAAGAUGGAUUUUUGUCAAUGACAUAGCUGUCUAUACAUGUUAUUAUAUCACCACAUCAUUAUCUGGAAGCAAAUGUUCAUUUCUAUCCCAUAGGAGAAUUACUUAGAUUAGUAGUUGAAGUUUAUACAGGUUCAUAGUUGGAGAAGCAGCACAGUACAUUGUUGGCUGCAUUCCUAGAGGGACAACAAAAUGGUGGCACCAAAGUGCAUUGAAACAUAGCAUACCAUCCAGUUGUCCCUUCGCUGGCCUUCCUUUCCUGAAUUUGUAACCUUUCCCCUCUUGUCUGUUAAUAAUAAAGAGCAUUUUUGAAAUAAAAAUGAGGAAAUAUUUUUAAAAGUUGUAUAAAUGUUUAAAUUGGGGAAAUAUAUAAUAAUUUUUUUCUAAAACAGUAAAAAGUUGUAGAUGUGCGCUUUCUGUACUGAUGAGUGUAUUUCUUUAUAAGCUUUGAUAUAUUUUGGGCUGUUAUCUUUUGGUUAUUUAAUGCUGAAGUUACCAUGGUAAGUACUUUUUAAACAAAUAAAAAAAUGCAAGAAAACUA